UUCCACCUUCUUCGAUGGAGAGGGGACAACAAAGUACAAGCUGAAGAAAGCCUCUCUGCAGCUCCCUUCUUCAUCUUCUUCUUCUUCUUCGAAUUGAAGAUUUAAAAUAAAGGUCAGAGGCGAUUUUUUUGGUUCCAGACUCGUACGGGAGGGAGGCGAAGAUGAAUUCUCUGUUGCAGCGUUACCGGAACGAUCGCCGCAAGCUCCUGGAGUUUCUUAUGUCUUCGGGUUUGGUAACGGAGCUUCGUUCCCCUUCUGGUUCUCCUGCUUCCCUUUCUCCGGAUGAUUUGGAUUCUCUUAGCGCCGAUUAUGUCUUGGAUUGCGUGAAAUCCGGUGGUGUAGUUGAUGUAUCCAAGGGAACGAAGAAAUACAAUUUUGACUCCUCAUACCCUGUAACAAUACACUCCGAGUCUAGAGACUCCUUUUUUCUUGUAUCAAGUCCAGAUAUAGCAGGAUCUCCUCCUCACCGUAUGCCUCCUCCUCCAGUUAACGUGGUAAAAUCCAGCAGCACUGGCCCAGACAUGUCAUGCCACAAUGCUUCGUCUACUACUCAUUCGUCUAGAGACAGUUAUAUAUUUAAAGAGGAAACACCUGAAAAGAAACCUGUAAAACCUAUCAGAAUCAUCCCUCUUGGCUUGCCACCCUUAAGAACAGGGUUAUCGGAUGAUGAUUUACGUGAAGCAGGAUACGAAUUAAUGAUUGCUUCUAUGUUGCUUUCAAGUGUUGAGGCGUAUCCUACUCAGAAAAGAAAGAUAGAAAAAAGCUCAAGACUAUUGACAAGUUUGAAAAGAAAAGAUAAACCACAUUUACAGCCUCAGAUCUCAAAUACACACUCAGAGGUCAUCAACAUGAUCCGUGUCCAAAUGCAGAUUUCAUCGAAGAUGGAUACAUGCAUACGUAGAAAUCUGGUACAGUUGGCUACACUAAGGACAGGUGAACAAAUUGAUCUUCCGCAGUUAGCAUUGGGGCUUUUGGUUGGACUAUUUAAAUCAGAUUUUCCUAAUGAAAAUCUCUACAUGAAGUGGAAGACUAGACAGGCUAACCUACUAGAAGAAGUCCUCCGUUUCUCUCCUAGUCUGGAGAAAAAUGAACGAGCAACUAUGAGAAAAUGCCUUGCAACGAUAAGAGACUCAAAGGAAUGGGAUGUUGUAGUGUCUGCUUCGCUACGGAUUGAGGUUCUAUCGUCUAUAAGACAUGUGGCUUCAAAGUUGUCAUCACUACCAGGCCGAUGCGGUAUUGAAGAAGAAACUUACUACUGGACUGCUACCUACCAUUUGAACAUUAGAAUCUAUGAGAAAUUAUUAUUUGGUGUAUUUGAUACUCUUGAUGAGGGUCAAGUCAUAGAGGAUGCCUCAUCGAUUCUUUUCCAUAUGAAAUCAAUUUGGUCGACAUUGGGCAUAACUGAGAAUUUACAUAAUGCAAUAUAUGGAUGGGUUCUUUUUCAACAGUUUGUGUGCACAGGUGAACCAUCUCUUCUAGGGAGCGCAAUUGAGGAGUUGCAUAAAGUUACUUCUGCUGAAAGGGGCAACAGGAAGGAAGAUCUUUAUUUAAAUCAUCUAGUAUGUUCAAGGCAAACCAAUGGAACUGACAUACACUUAGGUCUCGUGAAGGCUAUUUUCACUUCAGUUAGUGCUUGGUGUGAUGAUAAACUUCAGGACUACCAUCUACACUUUGGUAAGAAACCUCGUGAUUUUGGAAUGCUUGUCAGCUUGGCAUCGACAGUUGGACUUCCUCCAUCUGACUGUACCAGAAGUGAGCUUAUCAAGCUAGAUACGUUGAGUGAUGAUGUUAGUGAUAAGAUACAAUCCUAUGUUCAGAACUCUAUCAAAGGUGCAUGUGCAAGGGCGGCACAUUUUGCUUACGUGAAAUCUCAUGGUGAGCGUACACAUGCUCUAGCUCUACUUGCAAAUGAACUGAGCGUCAUCGCGAAAGUAGAGAUCAAUGAGUUUGUCCCAGUGUUCUCCAAAUGGUUGCCCGAAUGUAUGAUGAUCUCGGCCAUGCUGCUACAUCGGUUUUAUGGAGAAAGACUGACGCCUUUUCUCGAAGGAGUUUCAUCCCUCUCUGGUGAUGUUAGGAAAGUAGUCCCUGCUGCUCAUAUGUUACAGGAAGAGUUAACUCAACUGUAUAACAGCCAUAGCAGAUCCAAGUUGCGCAAACCUUACCUCCACAAAUUGAAGAAUUAUGAGAUAGAAAAGGUUAUCAAACCAGUAAUGCUGGACUGGCUUAUCUCUCAACAUGAUCAUAUCUUACAAUGGACUAGGCGAGCUUUUGAAAUUGAGGAGUGGGAGCCUCUAUCAGUUCAGCAAAGACAUGCUGCAUCAAUCGUUGAAAUAUUCAGGAUCAUAGAAGAGACUGUGUCUCAGUUGUUUGGUUUACAUCUACCUGUUGAUAUUACACAUCUCCAAGCUCUUCUCUCAUUAAUUUACCAUAGCUUGGAUACAUAUCUACAGAGAGUUUUCGAUCAACUAGUUGACAAGAAGUUUCUGUAUCCGUCAGCUCCCCCUUUAACUCGAUUCACAGACACUGUAAUGCCGGUAAUGAAGAGGAAGUCCCUUGAGUUUUGUGAGCCAGAUAAUAAAAUAGUUAAGAAAUUAGAUGAACUGACAAUACCGAAACUAUGCAUAAUAUUGAAUACACUCUGUUAUAUUCAGAAACAAAUCAGUGCAACAGAAGAUGGAAUAAGGAAAUCAUUGUCACUUGUUAGAGCCUCUCUUGACAAGAGAUCAAAAAUCGAGGCUGAGGAAGCUGAAGUGGAGAAUUCAUUGACGCAUAGUGAAGCUGUUGAUGAACUCUUUUCUACCACCUAUGAUAGCCUCAGGGAAACCAAUGCCAAUUGCAUAACCAAAACCCGUGACCUAAUUGGGGCAAGAGCAAUAUUCUGGGAUCUGAGAGACAUGUUCCUUGUACAGUUGUACAAUGGCACAGUUGAAGACGCCCGUUUGGAAAGAAUUCUCCCUCACGUUGACUCUGUCCUUGAUAGGGUAUGCAGUUUGAGUUAUGAGGACUCACGGGAUAUGGUGGUUUUAAGCAUCUGCCGAUCCGCUUUGGAAGCUUAUGUUCGAGUACUACUUGAUGGAGGACCAACCCGUGCAUUUUCGGAUUCAGACAUCACCUUAAUGGAAGAAGAUCUCAGUAUUUUGAAAGAGUUCUUCAUUGCCGAUGGAGAGGGUCUACCUCGUUCAUUAGUUGAGCAAGAAGCAAAACAGGCGAGAGAGAUCCUCGACCUGUACUCUCUCGAGACCGAUAUGCUAAUUCAGAUGCUAAUGACUGCGAGCGAGCUCAUCAACAUGGGAGUGAGUUCAGAACAGCGACGCCUGGAGGAUGCACAAACUCUCGUUAGAGUUCUUUGCCACAAGAAAGACCGUAAUGCCUCGAAGUUCCUAAAGCGCCAGUACGAGCUCCCUAUGUCAUCAGAGUAUGAAGAUGUGACAUCGAAUCUGCCCGCCUUAUCUGAAAUCGUUAGAAGCACAUCCACCCGCUGGAGCACAACAAGCCAGAAUAGUUUCAGUUCCAUUAAGAAGAAGAUUCAGGAGGCAACAUCUGAAAUGAGGAACAACUCUGGAUGGUAGAAUCUGUGUGUUUAGGUGCCUUUGUACCCCAACUUAAUGAACCUCCAUUGUUUUUAUAACGGAACAUCGUCCCAUUUUCCUCCCGGGGCAGCUUAAUGAUUUACCUUUUCAAUGGUAUCAGUUAA